AUGGCACUAGACCCUGCUAUGCUCGACCACGGGCACAUCGAUCGGACCUCAGAUGUCAGCUCGCCGGACCCGACAGCUGCCAGGACAGCUACGACGACCGACAUCCACGAUAGCUUGGCGAGGCUGGAUCUGAGCAGACAACAAGUGUCCGAUGAGCCUGCGGAAGAAGGAGACGAGACUGUCCAGUCUCUCAUGCCUGUCGGGAGCCUCGCUGGUGGCCGCAAGGCUAGCGUCAGUCUCCAGUUGUUCAAAGAGACUUCGCGACACCAGUCCAACAAGCUGAGCGAUGUUGUCGCUGCUCUCCAAGAAGAAACCGAGUACGACCACACAGAGACGAUCACGCACACGCCUGUCCGAUCUGUCUCUGUCUCGGGAGACGCACAGGCUCCGGGCUCGAGCAGGCGCGAUACAAGUCGGAAACCGGCGGGCAUACUGUCCGGCACUCCUCAAGCAGGCGUACUCUCGCCAGCUCGUCACAAAGUGGACCUCAUCUACUCUCCACACCCGUCGCUCGAUCCCAAGGAUUCGGCUGCAUUGUCUGCUUCAUUCGUCGACUUUGUCGAGGCUUCGAAAUCAAGCAGGUCCGCCUUCCAAGCGAGCCCCGGACGCGACGAGACCAAAUCCUCCUCUGCGGAAGAGAUGCGGCCCCGGCUGACCUCGCCCAGAGCGACUCAGGCCAACACGCGCUAUACGUUCUCGCCUGUACUGCAUCCUGGCACGAGCACGAGCUCUGCUCUGCAGAAAUCAAGACCGCCUUCGCCAGGCGCCUCACCCUCGCCUCAUCUCCAAUUUGCGAGGCAAUCUGCGCGAGACAAUCAAACGCCAGCCGAGCUCUCUCUACCGUCUGCCGCGCCGCGUCCGGUCAGACAGGCGUCUGGGUCAGAUGUACCUCGGACCUCCCCCGCACUUUCGCGCCCGCCUGGUUCGAUGCUGCCCGCUGCGCCCAAAGAUCUCAUGCAGACGGAUCCCAGAGCUGCUCCGACGAGGAGGAGAUCGCUCAAGGGACGACAUGAUCAAGAAUCGCCCCCGCAGGUAACGUAUCCAGAUGCUUUGCUGAGAGCAGAGCGGAGGAAAAGCUCGGGCACCAUUCCUUCGUUGACCUCGGCCGAUCACUCGGCUGGCUCGCACACUGACACGUCGCCCGUCUAUGCAGCCCAACGCAAUCCGCUCGCUCGAUCGGAUCAUUCGGCAGACGAAGGAUCCGUGGAAUAUCUGACAGAAAGUGAAGAUCUGACCGAAGAGGCUUCAGAAUAUGACGACGACUAUGACGAUGGCAUCUUCUCCGAGGCAGAGCACGACCAAGACGAAGAUGACGAGCAUCUCGAGCAACCGCCGAGCGACUACAAUCUCGCCUCGGGCUAUCGCAAGGGUCGCAAACGGUUCUCACUUGCAGCACCAGAAGUCGAAGAGGAUGUACCAGCCCAACGAGAGCCUCACUCUGCAGUUGCUCUACAGCCCUUUGACAACCAAGUUGGCGGACAUUCGCACAUCUUUAGAUUCUCUCAUCGUGCGAUCUGCAAGCCGCUCGUGAGCCGCGAGAACGAAUUCUACGAGGCCAUCGAGCGCGAGUCUCCCGAUCUCCUGGCUUUCGUACCUCAAUAUCUGGGCGUCCUCAAUGUGACCUAUCGGCGAGCGCAUCACGACGAAAAUUCAGCCUUGCGUCCAUCGAAUGGCACAGCAGAGGAUGAGCGGAAAGGUCGACGCAUCUUCAGAGAGCGUGAUUCUGGCAGCGCGGGAGACGAAGUUCCCGAAGUCGCUCUCGAACGCAAUCGCCAUAUCUUGCCCGACAGCUCGGUUUGGGAUAUGAUCAGUGGCUCCAGCGAUACCGAUCGACGCGGGCGUCAUUCGCGCAGGCGAUCUGCAAGCAGCUUUCCUUCGAAGCGGUCGUCCGGUGAGGAAGCAAGUCAAUCGAUACGCGCAAGUACGGAGCCACUCGAAGACACCUUGCUGUCUUCUCCUGAUCUGGCUGCUGCAAAGGCUAGCUCUUUGCUGCCUGUGCCGAAAAUGUCUGCCUUGCAAGAAACUCUUCCCGUGCCGAACUCGAGUCCGCAGACUCGCUCGCAAGUCAACCAACCAAAUUCGCAAGAUACCCUCGAUGCGUUCUACAAGCGAGGAGGCAUCCAGCGGGCCAAGUCUGCGCUCAAUACCUCAGCCGACAGCUCUCGGAGUCAGAGCACUUACGGCACCGGCUCGACUCGUGUGAAUCGUCGACUGUGCGAGCAGGUGCUACGUGAAGUCUUCAACAGUCCGAAGCUGCGCAAUCGGGCCAGCCGGAUCUGCUCGAAGAAGUGGGCAGACGAAGAACCGAAGGAGUCUAUAGCCGAGCGGCAGUCUGAACCGCCAUCCGGCUUCCGCAAGGUGCGCAGCGAAACUUCGGUGUCGGCCCUGGCCGAUGUGCCUCCCAGCAAGAGCGCUGCGGGAUCGCCUCUGGUCGAUCUGGGCGUAUUCGAGAUGGACGAGGAUGCUUCAAAGGAUGCGACUCAACAGCAGAACAUGCAGAAGCAGCGAACAGGCAGCGACUGGCGUCCGACAGGACGGAAAGCGCUUGUGCUAAAGCCGCCCAGCCCGACAGGCGGAAGCGCUAGAAGCUCAUCGCCCGAACGACAAGAACAGUUCCUGCUCAUGGAGGAUCUAACGGGCCCGCUUCGGUCACCUUGUGUGCUCGAUCUCAAGAUGGGUACUCGGCAGUACGGUGUCGACGCUACGCCCGAGAAGAAAGUCAGCCAGACUCGAAAAUGCGAUAAGACGACGAGCCGAUCUCUCGGCGUUCGUAUAUGCGGCAUGCAGGUAUACAAAUCUGCAGAGGGCAAAUACACGUUUCAAGACAAGUAUUACGGCAGAAAGAUAAAGACAGCCGACUUUCCCGUCGCGCUGGCAUCCUUCUUACACGAUGGCGACCAUCUGCUUGUGCACCAUAUACCUGUCAUCUUGCGCAAGCUGUACCGCAUGGCGAGCAUCGUCCGCAAACUGACCCGAUAUCGCUUCUAUGCGGCAAGUUUGCUCUUUAUCUAUGAUGGCGAUCAGGCAGUGCAAGAGUCGUAUGCAGACAGUCUCAAGACUGAAGAUUCUCCCCAUCUGAUUGCUCGACCUGUGCUAGGCAACGAGCCUAGCAGUAUAUCUAUCCCUCACAGCAUGACGAGCGAUUCGACUAGCUUUGAGCCUCAGACGCCUGUUUCCCUCGAGACGCCAACCUCGCCGAGCCCGUUCACUCCCUCCUCGAACAAGCGCAAUCCUGAUGGCUCUUUCGCACAAAGAGCGAUCAGAAAGCGCAGACCAGGUCAUAUCAAUAUCAAGCUCAUCGAUUUUGCUCAUUGCACCACGGGCAACGACUUUGCGCCACUAGACGAGCCCCGUGUGCCCGGUGACACCCGCCCGCCUGCUCGUUUCCCGCCCCUGCAUGCCGACGAGCCAGAUACUGGCUUCUUACUCGGACUGAAGUCACUCUGUGACGCGCUCAUCCGCGCUUGGAACGAGGAACGUGACAAGCGAAGAUCGGACGCUGACGCCGCCCAGCUGGGCCCACUCCGGGUGAAAGGCUACUCGGUCUUUGACGAGAUCUUUGACCCGCUCACGGCUAAACCUGGCGCUCGAGGAGUAUUCGAGCGUGGACGUGCAGCGAGUGAAGCGGCACAUGCAGAAGCGCAGACGCUCGCGCCAGCAUAG